AUGUCGGCCCAAAACUGGGGCGAUCUGCCCAAGCACAAGAGAGGCGGUCACCAGCGCCGCUCUAGCGAGCACGAACUCCCUCCAACCGAUCACAGACAAUCCUUAGACAGCCAGCCUCCGCGACGGACGAACCGUACAUCCAUACAAACCGCCUAUACCGAAGCCCCUUCCGAAUCAAUCUUUGCGCCCGGUUCGCCUACGGCCUCUAGUGUUACUCCCCACGGCUUGGCUCCACGACCUCCGUCGUACCAGAACGCCGGCUUCGCAGAGUUUGCUCCGGAUAGUGCUGAUCGCAAGCCGCGUCGGAUGCCGUACGACGACGACGAGUACUUCUUGCCAGACUGUCCGUCUCUACCAGACGUGCCUGGUAUUCCUCGCGGCCCCCCAUUGAGCUAUCGAGAACCGUACAUACCCCAGGCUCCGACCGCAAUGCACGAGCCAACAACGCGCUAUCAACCUCAGACAGGUACUUCGGAUCAGUCAUACUCGGCAUACCGUGAUAUGCCUCCUGUAAAUGUUCCCUCGCCAAUGGCUGCUCCAACAUCCGUUGGCGAUGCUCGUCCUCGCGCAGAUGACGUGUCUGGACAAUCCCGAAGGACUUCCACAAGCGCAACGUCUGAUCGACGCAAAAAGUUGGCCACCAAUCGAUCGCCGCUGCAAAAUCUGGAGCUGACACUGGACAGCAUGACCAAAGAAGAAAAACGAGCCCGCGUGGAAGCUGCAGAACAACGAGCUAGGCAGCGGGCAGUCAACGCCACCCAGGCUCUGACCGACCCGCCUCCCAUGAGCGGCCCAGUCGCAGCUAAUGAUGCCGGUACCAGACGACCAGCACAGGAAUCCAUGUCCAGGCAGCAUGUUGCUACAUCUGCCGCUGGUCCUACGCCACGCCCUGCAACGCAUCAUGACUGGACACAGCUACUGCAGCCAAAUACUCUGCCUCCAGCGUCAACUGGGCAGCAAUUGAUGGAAGAUCGUGGGCAACCUCGGGACCAGCCUGCCCUAAAUAUUCCGCAACGCAACCUAAGUUUCAAGGAUCGCACUGCCAGGUCCCCUAUCGCUCCCCGUGAUACUGAGAUCACAGAGCCCAUGAACCAAAGGGCAUCACCUCUCGCAGCGCCGAAUCCCGUGAUUCGUACAGGAAGUACCCGAACCGGGCAAGAGCCUGCAGAAAGAUUCCCUCAGCAUCGUCGCAUAGAAUCCGAAGAAGUUCCCCGCAAUUACUCUCCGUUGGUUCCUGUACCUGGCAAUGCCCUUCCUCGUUCCGCUAGGAAUAAGGAACUGCCUCCUAUUCCAUCUUCUGAUAACCCUGGUAACAACCAUAUGAGGAAUUUGCAACAGCAAGAACAACACCUGGCAACGAACGGCGCCAUACAACAAGGCAUUCAACGUCGGGUUACUGAGCCCACAUAUCACCGUCAACCUGGCACAGAUGAGAUAUAUCAGACAGCCCCGCCCCAUCCGGAAUUUGCUGCGACAAUUCCACACAAGGGAUCACAGCCAGAAGAUGGCAUUGCUCUUGCUAAGAGGCAACUUGAGAGAGGUGACAGCGAUGAUGGCAACACAAAUGAGAACAGGCAUCGCCUAGGAAAUAUACUCUACACCAACCCGGAUACUCUGUGUCCCGGACAGGGCUUGUAUGCACCACCAGAAUGGUUGGACGAGUGGGAAAAGGCAGCGGUCGGAACAUUAUCUGGACCGCUGCUGGAUGUUCAUGCCGAAAACUCGUCACAAGACACCUACAAAGCGUGGUGGGAAGAACCAACGGGCCGUGGCGGUAACGUGCCAGCUCGCCUCAGAAAGGCAGAAGCUUUUGACGGGGAGUAUGAUGAUACAAAGGAGCCGACACGAUUCAAACCCCAGCUCUAUCUGAAGUGUGGUCCUCUCUUGAGAUACUGCGGCAUCCGCAAGGAAGCAAUUCCUUCUAGGUCCCAACGUGGCCACCCUGUAUCGGAACGGGAAAUGUGGCGUGGAAGCAUCAUGAUUGUUACACAAGAUUCUGGCUCUUCCUAUGAAAUAGCUCCAAUGCUCCGCCUCUUUGUUCAGGACAUCAGCGUGUUGCCACCAGCUCCACACCAUGUUCAAGGAGAACUAUCGCCGGAAUACGUUGAUCCUAUAGCUGGUCAUCCAAAACUCGGGCGUCGCGGAGAAACGCUCUACGUUCGCCCCGUCGAGCACUUGGAAGAAGCCAAAGACCUUUCGAACGACGAAACGGAAAAUGGCCUCUUUGAGAUGACUCGAAGCCCUCCAGAUGUGCCAACCCCAGACGGUGCGCCUGAUUUCCCGGGCUCCUUUACUAGCCGUAAAAGCCGAGCGGGUAUUGAUGGUGAAAAAGCGCAAAAGUACAAAGAUGUGCGUGGUUUCCAACUCCAUGCAGAGAGAGGCUACACUUUCUGGCGCUUCAAUGUUGAGAUUGAGCUUCGCGAAAAGCAGCAGCGCAUUGCCUAUCGCAUCAAUAGAGGGCCAUGCAUGGCUUUCUGGGUACCUGCAAGGAACCAGACGAUGAAUAUGAUGUUUCACAGCUGCAAUGGCUUCAGCUUGAGUGUGAAGCCAGACGACUUGAGUGGACCAGAUCCCAUGUGGCGUGACGUCCUCAAUACACACCAAGCGAAACCAUUCCACGUAAUGAUUGGCGGUGGCGACCAAAUUUACAACGACUGCGUCGCCGAUGAAUGCGAGCUAUUCGGAGAGUGGCUUGAUAUAAGAAACCCCUUCGAGAAACACCAUACACAGUUCACUCCGGACAUGCAGAGCCAGCUAGAAGAGUUUUACCUUGAGCGUUAUUGCAUGUGGUUCUCACAGGGUCUCUUUGGGCUGGCUACCUCACAAAUUCCCAUGGUGAACAUGUACGACGAUCAUGAUGUCUUUGACGGAUAUGGCUCUUACCCAGACCACGAUCUUAGAUCGCCAGUAUUUUCGGGCCUGGGUGCGGUCGCUUUCAAAUACUACAUGCUAUUUCAGCAUCAAAGUAUCAUCCCGGAAACGGAGACGUCCGAGCCCAGCUGGAUCCUUGGGUUGAGCCCUGGUCCGUACAUCCAUGAGCUCAGCCAUAGUGUCUAUAUCUCCAUGGGAGGUAAGACGGCUUUGCUUGCUGUGGACACUCGUACUGAGCGAACGGAGCACAAAGUUCUUGACGAGAAAACAUGGGAAAAGAUCACCAGCAGGCUGUAUCUCGAAGUUCGCAAAGGCCAGAUUGAGCAUCUUCUAGUAGUGCUUGGUGUGCCAAUUGCAUACCCAAGAAUGGUUUGGCUUGAAAAUAUUUUAACGUCAAGACUUAUGGAUCCUGUCAAGGCCUUGGGGAGAGCGGGCCUCUUUGGGAAGAUGCUCAACAACAUUGAUGGUGGUGUGGAGGUGUUGGACGACUUGAAUGACCACUGGACCGCCAAGAAUCACAAACAAGAGCGAACCGUUGUGGUGGAAGACUUACAAGACCUUGCCAUGGACAAGUCAGUACGGGUUACGAUUCUCAGUGGCGAUGUGCAUCUUGCGGCCGUGGGUCAAUUCUACUCCAAUCCAGAGCUUGGACUGGCAAAGCACAAGGAUCCGCGAUACAUGCCGAAUAUCAUUUCAUCAGCAAUCGUGAACACGCCACCCCCGGACAUUCUUGCUGACGUUCUCAACAAGCGCAACAAAGUUCAUCAUUUUGAUAAGAAUACCGACGAAAGCAUGAUUCCGAUGUUCCACCAUGGGCCGGAUGGCAAGCCUCGAAAUAACAAGCAUCUUUUGCCACACAGAAACUGGUGCUCCAUCCGCCAGUGGUCUCCUGGCAUGACGCCACCACCAACGCCGCCCGCAUCUGACGACGAGCGCAGUCCAAGCCCCCCACGAGCGACAGGAAGUGGUGGGCUGCUUCGGCGGUUUUCACUCAGCAAGCGUUCGGGACCAAAGCAAUUUGAUGGGUCUCGCGAGUCUGUUCGUGGACCGCGUCCUCCAAUCUCCGGUGGCUUAUUCAGAGGCCUAACCAGAGGAAACUCUAACAAAGGUCCAUCGUCACCUGCUAAACUUGCAAGGAGUAUGUCUCUUGGUAGCACUGAUCCACCCAAAACGGGACUUUUUGGCUUCAUGCGCCGAGGCAGCCAGAGCAAAGUAGUAGAAUAUGAGGACGAGGAACACGCGACAUCUCACUGGGGCGCACCAGAGCAAGGUCGAUACCCAAGUCCCUACGGCCGGUCGCAAGAUGAACCUCUUGGGCUCCGCGGUGGCGCUGUUACAAACGACGAAUACUCGGAUGGAGAUGAGGCUUACUUCACUCCGCGUCCUCCUCAGCAAGCGAAAGCAGGGCUUAUCCAAUCACCAAGCGAGCCUCAUGAUGACCCAAGAAUCAGACCAUUCCAUAGGACUCCUACUGGUCUUACAACUAAGCAGAUGAAGAAAGCGCAAAACUUCACAGUCGAUCUUGAGGGAGGGUUGGAUAUCUGCUUGAAUGUCGAGGUAAACCCCAAAGACCCAACAGGAAUCACAGUACCAUACAGAAUCCUGGUGCCGCGACUGAAUUACGAAUAUGUAGCGGAAGAGGACUCGCUGGUAGAGGCCCAGACUCAACCACAGCCCACUGGAUUCAAGAGACUUUUGAGCUUCCGCAAGAAACAAGACCCUCCGGUUCCCAGAUACGAGGAACAUGACCCCGUGGGCGAACCGGGUCAAGAUGAUGAAGACAAUUCAACUGAAGCAGGAACGGUCAGGCGCCGAUACUGA